AUGCUGUCCUCGUUAGUCUCCGAACGGUGUUACAGACUUUCCAGUCUCUUGGCUUUCGCAUUGACGCUAUCCGCCGCGUCGUCAAAUGUCCAUGGCCAGGCUGUUCCGCCAGCGAGCACCGAGAUUGGUGUCUCAGCCUUUGCUUUCGACAUGAGCCAAGUAUCCUUGAACCCGGGCAGAUGGCUAGAGAAUCAAGAUCGGACACUCAGCUACAUCAAAUUUGUUGACGUCGACCGCCUGCUUUAUGUCUUUCGGCAAACUCACGGGCUUCCCCUGCAGGGCGCCCAACCCAACGGUGGCUGGGAUGCUCCUGACUUUCCAUUCCGCUCCCACUUCCAAGGGCACUUCUUGAACGCCUGGUCCUACUGUUGGGCUGUUCUUCGCGACGAGGAGUGCCGCGACAGGGCAAGCUAUUUUGCGACCGAAUUGGCCAAAUGCCAGGCCAACAAUGAGCAGGCGGGUUUCAAUCCAGGCUAUCUGUCUGGGUUUCCCGAGUCGGAAAUCGAGGCUCUGGAGAAGCGGACUCUGAGUAACGGCAAUGUUCCGUACUACUCCAUCCACAAAACCAUGGCCGGGCUUCUAGAUGUGUGGCGGCACAUAGGUGACGAAACAGCACGAGAUGUCCUACUUGGCAUGGCUGGGUGGGUAGACCUGCGCACCGGAAAACUGAGCUAUAGCCAGAUGCAGACCAUGAUGUCGACCGAGUUUGGUGGGAUGAACGAAGUCAUGGCCGACAUCUUCCACCAGACAGGCGACGAACGCUGGCUCACUGUUGCUCAACGGUUCGAUCACGCAUCCGUCUUCGACCCCCUGGCAGGCAACCGAGAUAGCCUGAACGGGCUGCACGCCAAUACGCAGGUGCCGAAGUGGAUUGGGGCAGCUCGCGAGUACAAGGCCACAGGGACAACACGAUACAGCGACAUUGCCCGCAAUGCCUGGAACAUUACCGUGCAGGCCCACACGUAUGCCAUUGGCGCCAACAGUCAGUCUGAACACUUCAGGCCCCCGAACGCGAUUGCCAGCUACUUGGACGAGGACACAGCCGAGGCGUGCAACACGUACAACAUGCUUAAACUGACCCGCGAGCUCUGGGUCAUGGACCCCAGCAACUCCAAGUACUUUGACUUUUAUGAGCAAGCCCUUAUCAACCACGCCAUUGGACAACAAGACCCCUCGAGUGCCCAUGGUCAUGUCACCUACUUCACGUCUCUCAACCCUGGCGGCCAUCGAGGCGUCGGGCCUGCCUGGGGUGGAGGUACAUGGAGUACUGACUAUGGCACGGCGUGGUGUUGUCAGGGUACCGCACUGGAGACCAACACGAAGCUGAUGGACUCCAUCUACUUCUACGACGAGUCUUCUCUCUACGUCAAUUUGUACGCACCAUCGAAAUUGAACUGGACGCAGAGAAAGGUUACCGUACUCCAGGAGACGGAGUUUCCGCUGCAAGAUACGUCGACCUUGACGGUAAAGGGGGGAGGCGAUUGGGACCUGCGUGUACGGAUCCCAAUGUGGUCAAAGGGAGCCACAAUCGCCAUCAAUGGACAAGCACUGGAUGGAGUCGAGGCUGCGCCGGGGACCUAUGCCACUAUCAAAAGAUCUUGGGGUGAGGAGGACAUUGUCACCAUCACUCUGCCCAUGGCACUGCACACCAUUUCCGCCAACGACGAGCCAUCUGUGGCGGCUCUCGCGUAUGGCCCAGUUGUGCUGGCUGCUAACUAUGGCAGCAACACUCUGGACGAAGUUCCCAGCCUCGAUCUAGGCUCAGUACGCAAGGUCGAGGGUGGCGAACUUGACUUUGAAGCCACUUCGGGUGGAAGUUCCGUCAAGCUGGGACCGUUCUACGAGGCACACGGCUUCAACUACAAUGUGUACUGGGCGACCAGCGGCGACCUGACAGAGGCUUAG